AGAAAAAGCAAGAAACGAACUUGUAUGUCUCCCGUGUGUUGUUGUGGUUGUGCCGUUGUGCAUCGUCGAGAUGCUCUCUGCCGUGAAGAAACUGGUCGUCGACGUCGUCGAAUGCACCCAUCACCGGCCUCCCUCUUAGCCGAAACCCGCGAACUAUGGUCAUGGAAGACGGCGAUACGGUCGAACCGCCCGUGAUAACUGCCAUGGAAUUCAACGAGGACUUGCCGAACGCCGACGAGGCAGCGUUCCCCGUCAGCGAACCUCAGGAGGUCAGCGUUAGCGUCAACGACGACGAGAUGCCGAACGUUCUCGUCGCCACCUCGCACGACAUAAUAACUUCGGAACAACUCGAGGAGGCCGGUCUGAAGGCCACGCACAUCGUGAUACACGACCAGAGCGCUAUCGAUGUCUUCAAGACCGCGCAAGCAUCGCUCGCCGCCCAGGCGUCCGAGGACGCCGACGGGAGCAACGGCGAAGUCCAAAAGUACAAAUACAACUGGGACGUUUCCGUGCACGACGCCGAACUGCUCGUGCGCUGCCGAAACGUCAGCGGUUUCCUGCACAAGAACAAGUUCGGUUCGGGCGGCCGUGGGCGGUGCAUCAAAUCCGGGGUGCGCUGGUACACCCCGUCUGAGUUCGAGGCGCUCUGCGGUCGAGGGAGCAGCAAGGACUGGAAACGGAGCAUCCGCUAUGCCGGGCGAACCCUGUUGUGCCUCAUCGAGGAUGGCAUUCUCAUGCCCCACGCUACUUCGUGCACCUGCGCUGCUUGCUGUGAUGACAUGGUCGUGAGUGGACCGGUACGGCUGUACACUCCAUACAAGCGGAGACGGAGGGACGAGCCGAUCUUGGGUGGGAAGUCCCCGGACGAUCCGCCGGAGAAGCCGAUUCCGAUCGCGCCAGCACCGCCCAAAGUGACGGUGACCCUCGCUCCGGCCAUGGUGCCCGACACAUGCCGGGUGGUCGUCGGAAACCUGGUGGACGGCGGCAGCAUCCUUUCCGAUGCGACGAUCGAGACCACGACACCCGUGUCGACGCCGCUGGCACCGAGGUUUGCGCCCACGGCGCUCGAUUUUGGGGAGCAGCGCAUGUGGUGGCAACUGGAAGAAAUGGUGAAGAACCUUGUGAAGCAGGUGCAGGAGCUACAGAAGCAGGUGGACAUUGUCAAGGCACAGGGGGUCGCUGCGAGGGAGGCUGCGCUUCAGCAGCUCAAGAUUCAGCUGGAGAACGAGAAGAAGGAGGCCUUGAACAGCACCUGGGUGGAGUCCCAGAUGAGCCUCUCGCGGAGCAUGAUGGAGGCCCGCGCCGAGAAGGAGCUGGCGGUCCAGCAGGCCUUCCAGCGGGUCCAGGUCGAAGCGCGGGCCGAGCCUGCCGACAAGGAAGACACCGCCAAGCGCUGCGGCAACUGCAACCGGGAGGCGUUCUCGGAGUGCACGGGUUGCCACCGCAUCAGCUACUGCAGUGCCUUCUGCCAGCGCAAGGACUGGGCCAGCCACCAGGACCAGUGCGGAGAAGACGCCGAACAGCAGCAGCAUUCCGACUCGGGCGACAAGUGACCUCAAACGCCGCGGGUGCUGCCCGCUCAGUGGCGACGACGACGGGAAAUCGCGAGACGAUGGCGACGCGCUUCUCCGCUCUGUUGGCCCCUGAUCCGGCGGCGCGGCGGGAGCCACGCGCUCGCCGGACUGGCCGGCCACCCUGCUUCCGUUGCCUCACCCCGCCGUCCGCACAAGGGUGGGAGCGAGAGUGGGACCACCUAAGGUCACUCUAGUCACCGACAGUCAAAGAGACGCAGGGUGUGGCUAAUUGACCCUUCUUGAAAUUAAGCAAUGAUGCACGGAUUAUACGCGGCCGUCAUUAGUUGGUCGUGUACCGCGAGCACUCGGUGGACACGAGCGCUUCGUCGGCGUUCCAAGUGCAUGCUUGGAUCAAAACACGUUCCACGCGAGUGCUGCAUCGGUGUUCGGCACAAACUCGGAACCAAUCGCGGGCCUCGCGCCCAAAGCGACGAGACCAACUAAUGGCGGCUUCACAUAAUCCACGCGUUGUUUCACAUUUUCGGAUUGGGUCUGCGGGACACUAACCAUACCGGUCGGAGAAACGUUGCAGGCACUUUGGCGAAAGACCGAUCCGCGACCGGUCCAAGAAGCACAUGCUGCACCGUCGGCUCGGGGGCGAACGGAGUAUGGUGACGUAUGUGCGACGGCCGACAUAACGUCUCUUGAUUGUGCGCGAUUCCAAGUCGGAGACAUCGGCGGCGCACUUUGCGCGUCGGUCGGAUCUGCAAACCGAAACGGCGCUUGGUGCGACGAGUUUCCGACGAUCUCCACCACGGAAACUUCCACGGGGUACAUGGCACCGAUGAACGCUUGGCACGACGAUUGUGUCCGAUCACUUUGCGUGCGGUGUGGAUUUGGCGUAUGGCAAAGUGUGCGGUUUGCCGUACCAAUCAGAAUGUGCUUUGAAGUAAUGCAACCUCGAAGUAGUCCAAAAAACUCGCCGCGACAGUUGCAGCCGACGUGAACCCGAGGUGUCGCUCCGAGUUUUCGAACUGCCAGGGGCGUUGGGUGGCACCGUCGACACGCUUUCCAAGUUCGCCGUGUGCAACGUUGGCAAGCUCGAAGUGUGCUUUACAGGUCGACAGUAAUACUGGCUGUGAGUUAGCAUGACUCUAGGGACUUGUGUGCCAUUUGCUGUGCUCGAGUCAUUUUCUCGUCGUUUACUCCUAAUGUGGAUGCGCCGUCAUUGUCAGUGUGCUUUGACGACUGUGGUCGGUGCCAGGUUGAGAACCAGUAGACGUUCCGCCCAGAGCUUGAGCUUUCUGCCUUUGGAAGCACUUCGUUGCCUGUGCGGCCAUGGAAGGCAAAAUGUGAAUGCUGGAGGCAGAGCGUCAACUUGGUUGCUAACCUGUUGCCGACUACUGAUUACUUUGUACAGGCUGGAUCCCUCGACGUGUUACCCUGGUAAUUGUGGGGUGUCCACAUUGUUAGUGUCGUGUCGUGACUGUUGGAGGCACGCUUUGUGGGGUGCAAGUCAGGCAACGCGUGGGUUUUGCUCGAGUUUCUUUGUGAUCGAGCUCGUCAUGCGGACCAGUCACAGUUUUGAGUGGGAACGUGCGGCAAGGGUCUUGUUCUGAAUGCCUAAAUAUAGGAUUUGGAGUAGUGCAGUGUUUAUGAAAAAGAACUGUGGAUUGAAAUAAAAACAAACACAUAAAUAGUGACAAAUUUGGCUCAGUAAAGUAGAAAGGCUUGAUGGUAUAGACAUGCGAAUAAAUAUAAAACAUGUAGCAUCCUCGAGAUAAAGUGUAUUUGCAAGCUUUGGAGGGGGAAAAAAAGUAUGAUUUUACAGGACGUCUCACGUUGGUGUGAAAAUUAAAUUUACUGAAGGCACAAAAAAUGGGAUUGACGUAAAAAUGCCAACAGCAUAGCUUAAUGAUGAUAAUCCCUAGAGAAGGGGAACAAAGGACAAACACAAAUCUCCGAACACAGCCAGGUUGUUUGUGUGAGUUUGUUGAUUUGCGUUUGUCCUUUGUCCCCCUAUUCUACUUCUCUAGGGAAUAUUACUUUUAUUCUUCUCGGCCAGCUCGGUUGUACCUUUGCAGUGGUGUAGCCAGAGGGGAGGUAUAUGGGUCUUCAGUUCUCCCCCUUUGCUCGAAAUCUAGGCGACCCUAUAAUAUACACAUGCGUUUCAAUCCCUUCCCCUCUGCACCCCAAGUCAUGAACAUCCCAGCCACUUCAAGCCACCUUCCCAGAAGAAA